ACUCCUCUCUCUCAUCCUCGUGAACGUGCCCUUUCGGAGUUCCUGUCAUAUCCUCCCUUUGUGUGUUAACCUACUGGAGAAAUUGCCAAAAUGGCACGCGAGGAGCUCAUCUCCUCUGCAGUUACUUUUCUUCAAGAUCCUUCAGUAGCAUCGUCGCCGGUCGAGAAGAGAGUCGCAUUUCUUCAGUCUAAGAAUCUCACGCAAGACGAGAUCGACAUCGCUCUCGCCCGAGCAGGUGAAGGCUCGGCUGGAUCUACUGCAGUAACCGCAUCGUCAGGGUACCAACCGUCUUCACAACCACCCACCUACCAAGGUCCUCCUCCGCCUGUCCAAGGAUAUGGAUAUGGCUACCCUCCAUAUGGACAAUGGCAGCCUCCACCUCCAGAGCCCCCAAAGAGGGAUUGGCGCGAUUGGUUCAUUAUGGCCACAACAGUAGGAGGUGUAGGAUAUGGGCUCUACUUUGUCGCUAAGCGCUAUAUCACACCCCUUAUCGCGCCGCCUACUCCGCCACAACUAGAACAGGACAAGGAGAGCAUUGAUGAACAAUUCAAUCGUGCCUUUGCUUUGAUUGAACAGCUAUCUACAGAUACUGCAGCCCUGAAGGCAGCUGAAGAGUCGCGCACGGAGCGCCUAGACACUGCCCUGCGGGAAGUCGAGAACCUCGUGGCCGAUCUGAAGAACGCUUCGCGUCGGAGAGAUGAUGAAACCCGUCGCAUCAGCGAUGAGGUCAAGUCAUUGAAAGACGCUAUCCCUAAAGCCCUGGAAGGUGCUCGGGAAGGAAAUGAGAACCGCUUGAAGGAGCUGGGAACCGAAUUGAAGAGUUUGAAGGUGUUGUUGGGCAACAGGCUCGGGGGCAGCGGGGCUGCUACCUCCCCGAACACUGCAAAGCCUAGUUCCCUGCCAACUGUGUCGGGCGCCUCUCGUCCUACGGAAGAGGCCCCUGCUUCUCCAGCCACCAACGGUACCACAGCGACGUCGACUGAACAAGCUACACAGCCGUCGUCCACUGCUUCAACGCAGUCGAACCAGACCACUCCUGCCGCUAGCAGUAGCCCACUGUCACAGUUCAGCCGAUCCGCUUCCAUUCCUGCCUGGCAAAUGGCCGCUGCCAACCGCUCGAAGAACGCGUCCCCAUCCACUCCCACCACCUCUACCGGUGAUAACUCUACCAAGCCUGCCGAUGAGCAAACUGCUCCGGCCAGCUAAAACCUUCGCCGCUUCUUUCAUGCUCUUCAUGUAGAUUUCUUCAUUCUUACUUAUCUGCUGGGUUUUCUUUUCAUUCCUGUGAUUGUACUUACCAUGGAGAUAAUGAUUUGAUUGUUGGAUUGGACUUUAUUAUUCCCGGUUAUGUGAUCAAGCAUUCGAGAGGUCGUGCAUAGUUGUAGCAUUACACUGGAUUGAAUAUGUAUAGGAUGUUGUUCUGUCAGUCGCUACCUGCCACGUCCCUAUAGCAUCCAAUUUAG